UUUCACGCAGGCCGAAUGUCCCGGAUUUUGGUAGGCGGGGACUCAUCCAGGAGAGCCAAUAGGGAGCGCACGUUCUGUCCCCACGAGGCAACGGGGCAGCGCACGUUGCGUGGCGGCGGCCAAUGGGAGUGGAGGACGCUGAGGUACAGGGCAAGAUCAGUCAAAAUGCAGACUCCAGUGGCCCUCCUUGCUUCUCCAGCUCUGUUCCGCUGCUGUUCCAGGGCUCUGGCAAGGCCGGUUUCCAUAUCUGUACUGAGCAGGCCUGAGACUCAGACGGUACAGCUCUCUGGUGUUUCCCAUCUACAGCUGGCUCACCGGGAGUUCCAAACGAGCGCUACCUCUAGGGAUAUUGAUACUGCUGCUAAGUUCAUUGGUGCAGGUGCUGCCACAGUUGGGGUGGCUGGUUCAGGAGCAGGUAUUGGAACAGUGUUUGGCAGCUUGAUCAUCGGCUAUGCCAGGAAUCCCUCUCUCAAGCAGCAGCUCUUCUCCUACGCCAUCCUGGGCUUUGCCCUGUCCGAGGCCAUGGGACUCUUCUGUUUGAUGGUGGCAUUCCUCAUCCUGUUUGCUAUGUGACAGCCUCUGGGCCAACCCAUGGCUUCCAUCACUCUGUGUCCUCUCCGGUUUGAGUCUGCCUCCUUCACCAGAGCGUUCCAGAUUUAUAAUUAAACAAAAGCUUUUCUCUUAAUAAA